AUGUGUAGGGAGGUGGACGAAUCUUCACAAGCAACAAAGAAAAAGCAAAAGAAGAGCGUUCCGCCCACUCCUGAGGUCAUAAACACACCACCUACCACGAUUCCACCUCCAGUCCAAGAUAAUGAUAUUAUUCUUCCGAGCCAUACUACAGGAAUAUCAGGUGAUCCUUUAAAUAUCUUACUUUUAGACGAAUUCGAUGAUCUUUCUUUAUCAGAUAUGGACCAAUGUUGA